AUGCUGAUCAUCACGCUCCUAUUUUCCUCGGUGCAGCGCCAGACCUGGGUCCCGUUCUUCGACGACGUCCAUGCGAUCAUCUUCCUCGCGCCCAUCUCGUGCUUCGACCAGGUGCUCGCCGAGGACCGGAGCGUCAACCGCCUCGAGGACUCGGUGCUGCUGUGGAAGGCGGUGUGCGCGAACAAGCUGCUGGCGCGCGUGGACCUGGUGCUCUUCCUGAACAAGUGCGACAUCCUCGCCGCGAAGCUCGCUGCGGGCGUGCGCCUCGCCAAGUAUGUGCGCAAUUUUGGGGAGCGCGCGAACGAGCGGGACGUGGUUGAGAAGUACUUUAGGAGCAAGUUCAUGGCGAUCCACCGGGAGUACUCGCCUGUGCCGCGCAAGUUUUAUGGGUUCUGCACGAGCGUGACGGACUCGACGACGACGGGCGGGAUCAUCGCGAGCGUGCGGGAUAUGGUCGUCCGCGAGCACCUCCGCGCGUCGAAGCUCAUGUGA